UUUGAUCACUUCGUAUAUAAUUCAUACAACUGAGUGCAUAUUUAUAGUAUAAAAGUCGAAUUAAUAACUUUCAUACUCGUUUAUACAUGCUGUUUUAAGCUCACUUUCAUAUACGAUAUCGUUUACAUGCACUUGGGGUUCGGUAAAGCCUCGGAGCUUCCGCGAUGAUGUAAAUACCAUUACCUACAUUAGAUUUACCUUACACAUGUUAAACCGGUUCUAUUUUUUGUGAAUUUUGCAGUAUUCUAAUGACUUUUUCUGAAUUUUAAUAGUCAAAUAAAUCUUGAAUUUAAUAUACCGGGUGAAUCGCGACAAAUGGUUUUGUUAGACACACAAAGAGAAAUCUUUUUUAAAAAAAUAAAUGCUAUAGAAUGUGCAACAAAGUGGAAAGUCUUAGUGGUUGACAGAAAAACUGCAGAUAUAAUUAAUCGGUUUACUUCCGUACAUAGACUUUUGGAAGAAAAGAUCGCGGCAGUGGAGAUUUUAGAAAAUGCAAGGACACCAAAUUCGUCGUUUGAGGUUUUGUACAUUCUUCACUGUCAAGAUAAACUAGUCGAUUGUAUAUAUAAAGACCAGGAAUAUCCAAACACUUAUCCUGGUAUUCAUAUCAUGUUUACAGACCGGAUUACUCCUAAUAUUGUAGAUCGUUUGAAAAACUCCAAUAUUACUCCAAAACUUCGCUCGGUACAGAUUGGGUAUUUAGAUUUUUCUUCUCUUGAAUCUAGGUAUUUCCAAGUGCAUGAUGAAUAUUCUGGAUUACGCCUGUAUCACCCCUCUUCUGCCCCUGUUAUUCGGCAAGAAUUAUCGAAUAUCGCGCAUGGCAUUCUCUCGGUUUGUGUGAGUUUUGGAAUGGCGCCCAAUAUUCGGUGUUAUUAUCCUAAGUCAGCUAGGCAUACAUCAAAGACAAUGUCUUUUAUCUUAGCGUCACAGCUUCGUGACAUAGUUGACGAAUAUUGCAAAACUCAUCCUGGCUUUCAAGAAUCUUCUCAGAAAUCCACUUGCUUGAUAGUUGACCGUUCCUUAGAUACCGUUAGUCCUUUUGUACACGAAUUCAGUUACCAGGCAAUGAUUCACGAUUUACUGAAAAUUAAAGAUGAAUCUUAUCCUUUUAGUAUAAUGGGUCCGCAUGGUUUAGAAACCAGGAUUGGCAAGUUAUCUGAUGAUGAUUCUGUAUAUGUUAAAAUACGACACAUGCAUAUGCGUGAUGCCAUUGAAAGAUUGAUGGGUGAUUUUAAUAAGUUCUGUGAAGAGAAUACUAUCUUUCUCGACAAAGGGCAGGCCACCUCCCUCAAUGACAUGCGGGGUAUGCUUGCUGGUCUUUCUGAUUUUCAAGAACUUCGCGACGAAUAUUCUCUACAUUUGGCUAUGGCUCAAGAGUGUAUGAAUCUAUUUGAAAAGGAUAAUCUACUUUCCAUUGGUGCGGUUGAGCAGGAUCUAGCUACUGGUGCUAGCCCUGAAGGAAAAACACCUCGAAAUGUGCUUUAUGAUUUGCUUCCUUUACUGGAUGAUGAUAAAACGCAUGAAGCAGAUAAGAUACGUCUUCUUAUCCUUUAUAUAGCUUAUAGAGACGGCGUUAUCCUUCAAGAUAUGAUGAGACUAUUUCGACACAGUAAGUUGCCCAGCCAUCGUCAAGAGAUUCUGCAAAACAUGGAACAGCUAGGAGUACGAAAUGUAAAACGAUUAUCUGAUUCUAGUGUAAAACGAAAGGAGGUUGCGAAUUCACUUCCUGCUGGCGAGGAAACUUACGAACUUUCAAGAUUUGUCCCUAAUUUAAAAGCGGUAAUGGAAUCUCUUGUACAAGAUAAUUUGGACAAAGAAUUGUUUCCUUUUGUUCGUGACCUCAAUCCAGAAACCGAGGUGGAGGUUGAGCAAACAUCUUUGCGAAGCUCAAGACCAUCAUGGACUCGUUCACGAUCCAUGGCUACACGUGUACCCAAGGAGAAAUUUUUGGUUUUUAUGGCAGGUGGUACAACCUAUAGCGAACUUCGAUCAUGCUAUGAAAUUGCGGAAGGUCUCAAUAAAAAUAUCAUUAUUGGAAGUACGGCUUGUAAUUCACCAAACGAAUGGUUGGAUUUUUUUUCUAAAUUCCGAAAAAACAGGGAAGAAUUGAAAUUCCCAGAGGAUAAUAUCGAGCCUAUUCCAUGUUUACAAGCUCAACCGAAUAAAAUCGCACAACGACAGGAACCGACUAUAGAUGUACCAUCGUCUCCAUUUGAAAGCACGUCUCCAGCAAAUGAUUUGCCUAGCAAAGAAACUGAGAAAAAGAAGGGAAAGACAAGCAAACUUGGAAAGCUUAUAUCAACAUCAAAGAAAGAUAAAGGCAAUGACAAAGUUUUGACGGAAUCAAAUGAUAAAAAGAAGAAGAAGAAAUUUGGUGUAUUCUAAGUUUCGUCAGGGUUGAGAAAUAACCUUUUUUGGCCAUAAUGUCAAGGCUAUAUUAAAAAACAAGAGGUUUUUUCUUUGCACAAUUUUUUUUACGAUUUCGACUUUUUGAUAGUAACGAGUUUUACAGUUAAUGACUUUGAAUCGAUAUACUCAAUAAAGCCUUUUGAGGAUGUCAUACUAUGUAUAAAUUUUUUAUUACUUAAGUUUUAGAAAUAGAAAAUCCAUCUGGGAUCCCUAGUAGAGGUAUGUACAAGGUUGCAAGAAUUAAU